GGGCGCCGCGUGAGCAAUCAGGAUCACGCAUUCCAACGAGAACUUGAUUGGAAAGGUUUUUUGAAAGAUACUACAACAAGAAAAGAGAGAAGAAAGGCAAGAAAAGGACUUUUCCUGUAGAAAUAAGCAGUUAAAAUCAGUGAUCAAUAUAGAAGUGACUCCUAAAUGGACGAAAUGUCUUGUCACGCCGUUACAUCAUUCAUGGACCUGCCGGACGAGGUCCUUGCUCACAUACUUAGCUACCUACCUCUCCUUGACCUGUACAACACAAGACUGGUAUCUGCUAGGCUCUGUGAUCUGGUUGAAGACAGUAGAUACUCUCACACGCUCUGGGCCUCUGCCUGUCUUGAGUCAACUACAUGGCCUUCUUACAGGAACUUGUCUAUAAUUGAAAGAGCUGCUAGGCAUGGCAACAUUGAAGCACUCAUCAAACUAGCUGUUGCUUACCUUUACAGCCAAGGAGUCCCUGAUGGCCCUGGCAAAGGAACAAUCAAUGCUUUUAAUGGACAAAAGGCAUCAAACUAUCUAAAGAGAGCCGAAUCACUCGUAACUCACAGGCAACCAUUCUCUUGGGUCUUUAUACGACCUCCUUUUGCUACAACCUGUGUCUGCUGUAAAGCAUGCGUUUGUCAUAAUAUGAAAAACCACUGCAUCUCUCCUAAUAAGGAACUGAUACCCAGUCUUUUUUAUGUGGUUGGCAAAGCUAUGAGUCACUAUGAGAAUCAUGAAGUUGAAGAGAGAAGACAAGCAUACCAGUGGUUCAAGCAAGGCUCAUUACAUGGCUGUCCUUACAGCAGCUUUGAGAACUGGAAAACAGAGCAGUGCUUUCAGGAUGAGGUGCAAUCUGUUAGACAAUUGAGAAAGAUAGUCACCUCAAGAGACACCUGUAUUGAUGCACAGUUUGAAUUGGGUAAGUUGUAUGCUAAAGGGAAGUUUGGAGGAAUCACAAGGUUUCAUGCUUACCAGUACGUACAACAGAUUGUGAGAUCCUCACCUAGUCUGCUCUCUGCUUCAAUCUAUGAUGCUCAGCCAGAUGUCAAUGAGGAAAUGGUUUUCAUUCUUCUUGAUUGGAUUGUUGAAGUAGCCGAGAUGAAGUCCUUCUCCACCAAGACCCUCCAUCUUGCCAUCAGCCUCAUACAGCGCUACAUGGUUGCUAGGAAAUUGAAACGUUCGCGUCUCCAACUCCUCGGAGUGACUGCUCUGCUCCUAGCAGCAAGGUGGACAGCUGUGCCUAUUAUUACUAUCAGAGAGGCUGCUUGGCUUACUGAUAACACAUACAGAUAUGAUGAGGUUGUGUGUAUGAUGGGUGAGAUUGUAUCAACACUACAUGGAGAGAUUCAAAAGCCUACAGUUCCUGAUUACUUGGAAAUGUUUGAACUAUUGGUCAACGCUGAUAAGAAAAGUUCCUGCCUUGCAGCUUAUGUCUCUGAAAGUGCUGUACUCUUUCCUGACUUUGGAAGGUAUACUGCUGCACAGAUAGCUGCUGGGUGCCUCCUAUUAGCCAGGGUACUCCUAGAGCAAGAAUUGCCAUGGCCCAGUGCACUGGUCGAGGCCACUGGUUUAACGGUCCCUGAUUUAUACCACUGUACUUCACUACUUUAUUCUAAAUGCUUGACUGAUGAUGGUGUUGUUACUGAUUACAGAGGAGUCAAGCUAUGUGCCAUUAAAACAAGAUACAGUGAUGAAAGAUUCCUGUGCAUCAGCGAAAUGGAGUUCAUGAAUUAUUACAUGAUGAAAGACAAAUUAGGUGUGAGGCCGUAUUACCAGAGACGCUCGUCAAACUCUUCACUUUUAAAGUACAGAGAACUCGUGUCUCAGAGUUUUGUUGAGGAAUUUGACGCCCAAUCACUUUCUGAUGUCUCGUUUGUGACCUCUCCCCUCCCUCCUAUAGUCCCUUCUUCUGCUGAUGGUUAUUCUCCUCGUGCAUCCAUUGACUCCUUUGUACCAUCACCCAUCAUUUUUGAAGAUUCAAAUUCCUGUUCCUCUCCUUCUCCCUCCUCCUCCUCCUCUUCCUCCUCUCCAACCUGCGAGAGACAAGAGAGACCAGUACAUUCUAUCAAGAAAGAGAGACGAAAGAAAAAGGAGAGAAGACACUCGAGUAACAAGCUCCUCUCCUCUAGCCUUCCUCUUCUUCCUGGUAUAGAGCCGCUGGUUAUUUCUGAGGAAACCGUCGGUUUUAAUUCCUCUUUGAUGGUCACCCAGAGAAAUGUUCACACUCCUCCAACCUCAAGACGAAAGUCUCUCCUCCAGCAUUGGAACUCUACCAUUAAGGCCUCGUCGAAUCAUGGACACUCUCCAAUUAAAGCCAACCCAGUAAGGAAAGGGCAGAGAAGACCGUUGAGCUCCUUAGCAAGUAGUCACUGCUCAUUAUCAAAUGUGUCUCCUGUUUGCAAUCAUGAGGAAGGGGAGGCAGAGAUGAAUGAGAGAGGACUAGAGCCACCUCAUGUGCCCAGACCAGCCAGCAGCAGAGAGGAAAGGGAGGAUGGAGAGAGAUCAGUGCACAAUCAUCAGCACAAGGCACUCCAAGUGGAGAAGAGAGCAUUCUCUGAUCAGAAUCUACUACUAACUCACAAUAAAAGGCAUCGUAGCUUUAAGAGUAAUAAUUGUAUGUGAACUUCAAUUGUCCUCAUAGAGUCUGCACCCACUCAAUAUAACACGGUAUUCUGAAUAUUAUUUUAAUUCUGAGCAUGAGCUUAUUAAUGUAUUACAUUUUGGACUAUUUAUUAAUUCAUUUCUGUCUAUGGAACUUAUUGUAUCAUACAUGUGUAUGUGUGUGUAGUUUGUACUAUAAUAAUAAUAAUAAUAAUGAUAGUUAAUGUUGUGUAUAAUAAUAAUGAUGUUUGAUGAUAAUUCUUCUCCUUGUAUCAU